AUGCGCAUCCUCCCACUUGGUCUUCCUAUCGAAUAUACCAUUGACAUACAAGUGUUGCUAAAAAUAAUGGUUUACUUAUUUGACGUCCCCGCAUUUUUUAUUCUCUUCAGAGAGACAAUUGAAUGUAGUGUUAUUCUUGCUGUACUUCUCAGUUUUAUUAACAAACUCGUCCCAGAGGACAACCAUGAACUGAAAAGAAAAUUAAAGAGACAGAUAUGGGUUGGCACUGCCGCUGGACUUGCUCUCACGAUAUUUCUCGGUGCUAUCUUUGUUACUAUUUUCUACACAAUAGCAUCUAAUCUCUGGGAAUCUAGUGAAGCAAUAUGGGAGGGUGUUUUCUCAUUGCUGGCUGCUAUUGUAACGUUAAUAAUGUCAUUCGGUAUGAUAAGAGUCAAGCAGUGGAAGACCAAGUGGGAAGGAAAGCUGAAGGAUGCAACCGAACGGUAUCUUGACAAGCAUAAGAAGGGAGAAAAAUGGGCUUUGAUCGUUCUCCCAUUCAGUGUUGUCGCUAGAGAAGGACUCGAAUCCUUUGUAUUUAUUGCUGGGAUUGGCUUUAAUAAACCAGCAUCUGGUCUUCCUAUCCCCGUUGUUACUGGGAUUCUUGCUGGCAUUGCUGUUGGCUAUUUUAUUUACAAGGGAUCAAACGUUAUGUCGCUUAAUAUUUUCUUCGGCGCGAUGACUGUACUUUUAUUUCUUAUCUCCAGUGGCUUGUUCACAACAGCCGUAGACGAAUUACACGAAGCAACAGGAAGACCCGAAACUGUCUUGUGGGAAGUCGAGUGUUGUGACCAGGAAACGAAUGAUGGUUGGAGAAUUGCCAAUGCUCUGCUUGGCUGGAGAAACGAAGCCACAUUGCAUACAACUCUUGCGUAUAUUGCAUGGUGGGUAGUUAUUGGUAUUGGUCUGGCAGUUGUUUAUUACAAAGGCAAGAAGGAGCGUGCUGAAGCUUUAGCCGACGACCUUGAGAAUGAGAUGAAGUUAGAAGCCCAUGAUACUAUAGUAUGA